CAUCCGAAAAAAAAAGGAAAAAAAAAAAGAAGGCGAAAAGGCGAUAUCGCCCGAGAGAGUCCAACCCCCUCCCCGACUCGUACGCGAAAGCUCGAGGCCGCGCGGCGCCGUCGCGCGGGUUAGGUUUUUAUUUUUUUUUACUUUUGGUUCUCCGAUCGUCGGAGAAGCUUUCCGGCGAUGCUCUCGGUGCGCUGCGGAGGCGGAGGCGGUGGCGCCGCCGCCGUGGAGGAGCACGGCGCGGUGCGCCACCAUCGCCCUCUCACCCCGCGCCAGCAGCAGCAGCUGCGCACGGUGGUCGAAUCCCUCCGGCUCGACCCCCUCGAAGUUGACGAGGGCGCGCGCCUCGAGAUCGCGCGGCAGAGUUACAGAGCAGGGGAUUACAAAGCGGCGCUGGAGCACUGCAAUGCCGUGUACAGGGCGAACCCGAGGCUCUUGGAGAACCUCCUGCUGCUCGGCGCCGUCUAUUACCAGCUACGAGAGUUUGACAUGUGCAUCGCGAAGAACGAGGAGGCUGUUGCAAUCCAGCCGAAUUGCCCAGAGUGCUUCAACAGCAUUGCGAAUGCCUGGAGGGAGAAAGGCGAUGUUGAUAAUGCCAUUCAGUUUUAUGUGCAUGCAGUACAGCUCCGGCCUACCUUUGCUGAUGCGUGGACAAACUUAGCUAAUGCUUAUACUCGAAAAGGAAAUCUCAGUCAGGCAGCUGAGUGCUGCCAUCAAGCCCUUGCACUAAAUCCUCAUCUGGCUGAUGCAUAUUGUAACCUUGGUGAUGUUUUGAAGGCACAAGGAUUGUACAGAGAAGCAUACAGUCACUACUUGGAUGCUCUAAACAUAAAGCCUACUUUUGCAAAUGCAUGGAAUAAUAUUGCUGGACUUCUCAUGCAAUGGGGAGAUUUCAAUAAAGCAGCUCUCUACUACAAGGAAGCAAUCAAAUGCAAUCCAGCAUUUUACGAUGCACACCUGAACUUGGGAAAUCUUUACAAGGUUACUGGAAUGCGUCAGGAUGCAAUUGUAUGCUUCCAGAAUGCUGCUAGGGCAAAGCCAGAAAAUGCAGUAGCUUAUGGGAAUCUUGGUAAUGCCUACCAUGAACAAGGGCAACUGGAUCUUGCUAUUCUAAGUUAUAGACAAGCCAUCCAUUGCAAUUCAUCUUAUGUUGAAGCAUAUAAUAAUCUGGGAAAUGCUCUAAAAGAUGCUGGGAGAAAUGAAGAGGCUAUUAGUUGCUACCAGACAUGCCUUGCUCUUCAGCCUUCUCACCCUCAGGCUUUGACAAACCUUGGGAAUGUAUAUAUGGAAAGGAACAUGAUGGACAUAGCAGCUUCACUGUACAUGGCAACACUGACAGUUACAACUGGAUUAUCUGCACCUUACAACAACUUGGCAAUGAUUUACAAACAGCAGGGAAACUGUAAUCACGCCAUUACAUGUUUCAAUGAAGUACUCCGCAUUGAUCCAAUGGCUGCUGACUGUCUUGUCAAUAGAGGCAACACAUUUAAAGAAGCAGGCAGGAUCACUGAAGCCAUUCAAGACUAUUUUCAUGCUGUUACAAUUAGACCAACUAUGGCUGAAGCUCAUGCAAAUUUGGCGGCUGCUUACAAAGACACAGGCUUGCUGGAGGCAUCAAUUAUCAGUUACAAGCAGGCCCUACAAUUACGUCAAGAUUUUCCUGAAGCUACUUGCAAUCUCCUGCACACUCUACAGUGUGUAUGUGAUUGGGAUGAUCGAGCAGAGAAAUUCGUGGAGGUGGAGGGAAUCAUCAGGCAGCAAAUAAAGAUGUCCUCUCUCCCAAGUGUACAACCAUUCCAUGCUAUAGCAUAUCCAAUUGAUUCAACUCUUGCACUGGAAAUCAGUCGAACAUAUGCAGCUCAUUACUCUUUGGUUGCAUCACGUUUUGGGCUUCCUACAUUCACACACUCCUAUCCUGUUCCAAUCAGCAAUGAUGGCAGAACUUCAAGACUUAGAAUAGGGUAUGUGAGUAGUGAUUUUGGCAAUCAUCCCCUGUCUCAUCUGAUGGGUUCUAUAUUUGGAAUGCACAAUCAAGACACUAUCGAGGUUUUCUGUUAUGCCCUGAGCCAAGAUGAUGGUACAGAAUGGAGGCAGCGUAUUCGAUCUGAAGCUGAGCACUUCAUUGAUGUGUCAUCAAUGUCAUCUGAUAUGAUUGCUAAAGUUAUCAAUGAGGAUAAGAUACAAAUUCUUAUUAAUCUUAAUGGCUAUACUAAGGGUGCACGGAAUGAAAUAUUCGCUUUACAACCAGCCCCAAUCCAGGUUUCUUACAUGGGAUUUCCUGGAACCACUGGUGCAGAUUACAUUGAUUAUUUGGUUACUGAUGAGUUUGUUUCUCCACUGAAAUUUUCACAUAUAUACUCAGAAAAGCUUGUCCAUCUUCCCCACUGUUACUUUGUGAAUGACUAUAAGCAGAAAAAUCGAGAUGUUCUUGGUCCUGUAUGCCCACACAAGCGAGCUGACUAUGGUCUGCCAGAGGACAAAUUUAUUUUUGCAUGCUUCAAUCAACUCUACAAGAUGGACCCAGACAUAUUCAACACCUGGUGCAAUAUUCUGAAGCGUGUACCAAAUAGUGCAUUGUGGCUAUUGAGAUUUCCAGCAGCUGGAGAGAUGAGAUUGCGCGCAUAUGCAAUCUCAAAGGGAGUAAGAGCAGAUCAAAUCAUAUUUACAGAUGUUGCUGCAAAAAAUGAGCACAUCAGACGCAGUGCCCUAGCAGAUCUAUUUCUUGACACCCCGUUGUGCAAUGGCCACACCACUGGUACAGAUAUAUUAUGGGCUGGUCUCCCAAUGAUCACUCUUCCACUAGAGAAAAUGGCAACUAGGGUUGCAGGUUCACUGUGUCUAGCUACUGGAAUUGGGGAAGAGAUGGUAGUCAAUAGCCUGGAAGAAUAUGAAGAAAGGGCAGUCUCUCUAGCAGAAAAUCCAUUGAAACUCGAAGCUCUUACCAACAAGCUCAAGGCUGUUAGGAUGACCUGUCCUUUGUUUGAUACAGCUCGAUGGGUAAAGAAUCUGGAGAGGGCAUAUUUACAUAUGUGGAACCUGCAUUGCUCUGGUAGGCAUCCUCAACAUUUUAAGGUGCUAGAAGAUGAUGCACAAUUUCCAUUUUGAGAGAUAAGAAUCAGCGGGUCGUGUGGUUGUGUAAAUAUUACGAGGUAAGUUUAUUAAGAUGAGUUAACUAGGCAGAUCUCUUGCUGUUUCAUGUGGCUUCUACCACACAGCUAACAUGAGUUACACCCUGCAGAGAGAGAGGUAACAUAAGCCUUUUCACCUUCUUAACGCACAAAAACUGAGAAAGAGUUGUCCGCGUCCAAAUCUUGGGGGAGAAACUAGUAGAAAUCUUGGGGGGAGAAACUAUACUUGUAGGACUUUCUAUAGAAAACUGUUGCGUCAAGUGUUAAGACUCCCUAGGGGAUCAUAUUUCUUCCAGUUCUUGUCACCCCGUUCUGAGUUUUGCAGAGUAUUCUUUUCAUAGUGAACAUUAGACAAGUAAAUCAGAGGGUUGAUUCUUUCUUAUCAAUAUUAGGAGUGGAUUGUUGGACAUUUCUUGAAUUGAUCGACAGUCAAAAAAAGGCAUGCAAAAUAGAUAUAUACUUUUUUUUUUCUUCUGCAACAUGUAUGCGCGAUCAGGUUGUUGGUCUGGUCUGUCAUCGUGAUAAGUGGACCUGAAGAUUGGUGGCAGUUCAGGUCGUGGAUGGUUUGUUGCUUUCUUCCUUACAAGUACUAAUUACAUUUGGAGAUCUAUGCAGAUUUCAUGCGCAAGCUGGAACGCUAUGCCUGGGCGCACCUUACUGCAGGAAUUGCUGUGACUGAACUUUUGAUGAUGUCCCGUGGCUCUGCUGCAUCCGCCCUUAAACUUGGUUCUCUUGUAGGCUUAACUGUUUUUGCAGGUUGUCGUUCUCUUCUCUGAAAUUGUUGGUCUCGACAGUUUCAAACUUCAGUACCCGCCCUGUCCGGUGUUCGUCAUUCACGGAUAAGUUGGAAGGCACGGGUAAGAUAUAUUGGCACGGUCCAUGGAAACGUUGAACAGUGCACAAGGCUACUGCUGUUUGAGCUCCACCCAUUCCGCCAGGAUCUCCUGAAAUGUGUUUCAGGGGGAAAAUGAACCGGACAGAGUGGCACCAUGCAGUCAUUUAGCACCUGCCAGUGCGAUGACUUCACUACCAGAAGUGCCCAAGUAGCUAAUCUUAAGGUAAUCUGUUUCUGGUGCUCGGAUAAACGGACACACCAGACCAUAAGCCAGGUAAAUACCAUCGAAUCACAUCGUUAACGGCGGCGGCUACAGAACCAUACGCGCAGUUUGGUGAGUUUGGUGUGGUUGAUGACGUGGCUGGUCCGAUGAUUGGUCCAAAAUGCCAGCAUAUACCGUCAAUGAUGAUAUACCGCCAAAAUCAGGCAGGAAACGAGCGAUCGAUUCUUUGCCCGCUUCAUUACUCUCUUCCCAAGGUACGCAUCCGUCAAUGAUGAUAUACCGCCAAGUCUGCAAAACUGAGGGCAAUUGUUUCAUCGUCGCGGUUAUUAACCUUAGCUAUGGGCGAAUUACGGAUUAGUGGGAUUCGAUAAAAUCAUAAGCAAUGAAUUUUCAGACGAUAAUAGAGCGGCUACGGUGAUUUGCUAAUGUCAAAUUUGAGUCUUAAUUAGCUCUUUUAGAACACCCAAAGUUUUUUCCACAAAAAUCCUUCAACAUUUAUCUGGUACCGUUCCAGGAGGAGCCUUUUGGUUAGAGUGGCUUCAUCGACCUUAGCUCACGCUAGGGUUUAGCUGACGACACGAUCAGUUUGUACUGAACUGGAUGCACUUGAUAGUGGUAAUGGAUGUGUGGUUUUAAUUUUAA